ACUGAUGGCCCGCUACAAGACUCGCUAAUAGGAUCGACCUGCGCUUCCAUGUGAUAUAGUCAAAUUCUAUCACAUUCUGACCUUCCAAUAGAGCGCCGAGACUGGUGAUCGAUCGUGUGCCUUGUCUUGGCCAUGAUUGUUCCACUCCUCCUUCAGGAUGAGUACCUUCCUGCUUGACCCUACGGUCGAAUCGUUUGAUCGCGAAGAAGUCGCCUCACAGGUGAACGAUCGCGCAGUCGCUGCAGCUGCAUCGGAUUAUUUGGAACUCAGCGCCAGUCCUCCACCUGAACCACUCCUCGUUGCGCCGCCGCCUCGCGAACAGAUCGACACCCGUGGUCGUGCUCUCAGUGGAGCCAGCGUACACAAUGCUUCGCCGCGAGGCAUUACACCGAAUACUGCGACGCAGGCUCGCGGGAAGCAGAGCAUAGAUCUUGAACGAAGGCCAUCAUUAUCCUACGGCCAUCAUCGACAGACGUCCAUUGUCCACGGCAUUCAACAUUCGCGCGACCCGAGCUUACUAGCAACCGCAUCGAGUCCGUUGAGUCCACAAAAGAUUGUCGUGCCCAGUGGGUUGCACAAGGGUUCGGGCAAAGAAGGCACCUCGAUGGCACAAGUGAAUAAUCAUGUGUCGAGUGGGAUGGCAGAACAGAUGUAUGAUAUAAGUCUCACACAGCGAAGGGUACCUGAACGCGCGCUCAAUGGGAACGGGAAACAUAUCGCCGAGCGUCCAGCCUCACCGUCGCAAUUGGCUACAAUCCAGCAUGAGCUCAGCACAGUGGGAGAAUAUGCUGUGCGCCAUCUCUUCACUUCCUUCAUCACCGAGGCAGACCGUCGAAUUGAGCGCUGUUUAUUUGAUGCCGGCCAUGCCGAAAUUCCGAUCGAGCCAAUCUGUGGACCUGGAGCUGAUCCUGCCUUCGACCAGCUAAUUCGCUCGUUGGGACAUAUCAAUCGACUACAUCCUGGCAGAUUAAUUGCAUCAGUAAUUGACUGGCGAAAAGAGAAGACAAAACAUGCGCAGUACCUCUUCAAUCAGCUGCAGACUAUGCAAGCAUGGACACAGUCGCGGCCCGAUGCAAAUGGCAUUCAUAGAGGAACCGCGGUCACGCCACCCAGCACGACGGACAUCAUACUCGUACAGCAGCAGCAAGCUCACGCUGAGCAACGAUCUAGAGUGUCUAUUUACAUCAUAUGCCGCGUUUUCAUAGAAGUCAUCGAGCAGACGACUCUGGCAGCGCUGAAGGGGCCGGACGGUACCAUGAGCGAUGCGCGUCGCCUAGAAGAAGUCAUAUACGGACGCUUGAACAAUGUCGAACCAGACAGCGUCUCCUACUACCCCGUCAUACGGGCCAAUUGGGCAAUCCGUGGUCAAGUCCUGGGCGUUAUGAGCACGUUCAGAUUUGAUGAGAUAGCAGACCGAUUUCUGCGCGAUUUGCAGAUUGCGCACAAGUCUCUUUCCAUCAAAGGCAUGGCCAACAAUUCUUUCGCAAAGAAGACCGCCUUGCUUGUCCAGAGCAUGCGAUGGCUCCGGGUUCCUUAUCAAUUCGAGUCUGCUUUUGAGAGGGCCUGUGAUGUUUUGCAGCUCCUCAGCAAGUUCUUCACCGAAGUCCACGGGCGCAUCAUGAAGCACGCCUAUGCAGAGCUUUUUGAGAGCCUGGUUCUCCCUAUCGCGGCCACGGCGACUAAUCAACUCAAUCUGCUUAAAUGGAAGGAUACUCUGGCAUCCCUUCAGCCGAAGAUCUCGCAGAUGCUGUCCAAAACAGAGCAUUGGCCAUAUGUGUUUCCUUUGCAGGCAGUCCUACUCUGUGCCUCGCCGCUUGACACGUUCGCUUCCCAAUGGCUCUCGCUCGCUACCUCCUUCCAAUCGAAAGCGAAGGAACGCUCAGCUCGAUCUCAUGCGCUCAAAGCCAUUUGCCGGCUUGUCUGGAGAUAUCUCUAUCGGUGCAACGAGCCUCAAAAUGUUAUAAUUAAGAAGCUGGACGAGAUAGUAAAGCUCAUAUUUGGAAGUGGCAAGCGUUUCCUGAUCUCCACCGACCCGGCGACAGCGGAUCCCCUCAUCCAAUUGAUCCGCAUCAUCGGCUACAAACAACAAGACUUCUGCUUUCGUGCUGUUAUCUUUCCAUUGAUGAAUGCCGAACUCUUUUCGGGAAGCACGGAUAAAGAACUCAAAAUUGAAAAUCUGGAACCAGACAAGACAGUCAUUGCUAUUCGAGCAUUCUUGGUACUCAUGGCUGACCUGGAGAAGGGCGAGGCACCGUCAUUUCCAGUACGCUUUGAGUGCGACGCCUUCAUGGACCCAACUUCACGAGCGCCUCCAGCGCAUCGAAGAACGCGCUCGCAGGGCUUUGUGCUUUCCGCAGGCCGGACAGAGCGUGAGUCACGGCCAAUGAUGACGAACAAGUUGAACGAAACGACCAAAGAAUACUACGUCAAAUUCUGUAAGAUCCUUGGACAACUCACGAUUAUUUGUGAUAACACCUUUGGUGGUCAAGCCGUGCUGGAUGAAAAGUUUGCAUCUCAUGCGCCCAAGACUCCCAUGGCGGAUGCGUUCAAUUUUGGACGGAAAGACGAGCUCAUGAAUCCGAACGAUGCACGGCAGCAAUACUACGAUCUCCUCCAUGUGGCCGUGGAGGCACUUCCUCGUUGUCUAUCACCACACCUACCGAUUAAUCCGUUGGUCAAUCUGCUCUGCACAGGGACCGCGCAUGUGCAGUCACAUAUCGCAUCAUCCUCGGCACAAUCGCUCAAAUCCAUCGCGCGUCAAUCGCAUGCUCAACAGGUCACAAUCGGGUUCGCUCGCUUCAUUUUCAAUUUUGAUGAUCGCUACGCCACUGUCUCGGAUGGAAGCUUGCUCGGCCCUGGUCACAUCGAGAGUACACUCAAGCUAUAUGUAGAGCUAUUACAAAUAUGGAUUGACGACAUUCAGAAACGAACGCAGAAGGCCAUGGCCGAGCCGGGUGAGGGUCAAGAACAAGGCGUCAAACAAUUAUCGCUCGAUCUCUCUGGAAUGCUAGCCCAUGUCGAUGAAGUCGAGUCACACGGUUUGUUCUUCCUCUGUUCGCCGUCACAAGCAGUUCGUGCUGUGGCCGUGACAGUGUUGCGAUUGAUUACCAAGUUUGAUACUGCUCUGGGUGAGCCAUGUGUGCGGGUCAUCAGCAUCCUCGAAGGCAGCGCAGACAAAGUUAUCGAUGUCGAAGAUGAACGAUUAACGCUAGCAGAGAGAAGUCGACUUAUUAAAGGUCUGCGCAAGAGUAAUCCUAGCAGUAUUCUCAUCGAGCUUUGCAGCAGCGAAGUGCCCCAUGAUGCCACACUCUGGUUCAAGAUCUUCCCAAGCCUGGUCCGCCUCAGUGCUGAGGUCUGUCUGCAAGCUGUCGCGCUCACACGCGAACUAGUCUGCCAGCGCCUCACACACAGCUCGAAAAUUAUUGCUUUGAUUGCCGAUGGUCAAAAGCCGGCCAACUUCGCGCUACAAGACGCUAUUAAUUCCAAUCGCCCCUUCUCCCGUCUUCCAAGCUCGUCAUCGGAAAUCGUCGUAGAGCAGUGGAAGAUUCAUCUCAUCUUUGCUUGCACAACCCUGACUAACAUCAGGCCAACCGCAGCCCAGGGUACGGGUCAGAGUUCACAACACAUACGCAAGAGCUCAAGGUCUUCGGCAAACAGCUCCGAGAAGAUGUCCACUGCAGGCGAGCUGUUCUCAAGUGUUGUGCGAUUCUUGCCUGUCCCUGAUGCAUCGGUUCGAGCGGCAGCCGUCGCUGGUCUUGGCGCAACGAAUGCUACGCUCCUUCACAUCUUGAUUGAGACUCUUCGCCCUUCGAUCUCAAGCUGCAACAACGAUGCCAAAGAACGAAUUGCAACUCACAACCGAUCUGCCAGCAAUCCACGUUCACGUCGACGGGAUUUCCUCCGCACCGAGCUUACUCACCUCCUAUCUUUGAUCUGCCCAUCGCUGCAAAGUUCAAAGGUUUCUGGUGAAUCGUCUAUUAUUGACACCAUCUCAGAUUAUAUCAUUCAGUCGCGGCUCUUCCUGAGCGACGCGCACAUUCAAGAUGAUUUGGAAUAUCAAAGACUGCGCAAGCACUUCUGCGCUUUGGUCGAGAACUUCUACACCAUCGUACAUAAGCGAAAAGACGAGAGCAAAGGAAUGUCCUUUCAAUCUCGUCAGGCGUCAUUUGGACUCAUGGAGCACUGGUGUGGUCUCAUGGCAGACCAGUCACAUCUUCGCAGGCAGCAGGAGAAUCUGCGCCGAUCGAUACUCGACAUCGAAGGCGACCAAACGACUCGAGUUAUCAUGACCUCAGCAAUGGAAAAGGAACGAGUGGAGCUCAUGUAUGCGGCGCUCAGCGCCAUGGCCAGCCUUUGCGCGGGCCCUUUGUCUUUUGUAACGGGCAAAGGCGUCACCACACAGUUCGACGUCAAUCGCAUGUUGACUUGGAUUCGCGCGACUUUUGAAUCACCUAGCGACCGAGUCCACGCUAUAGGACGGCGAGCGUUGCAGAAUCUCAUCGUCAGCAGUCCGGACAAGCCGGUCUUUAUGGAAAAUGCGAUCUGCAUGAGUUACUUGGCGGAGUCGCCCAAGGCGCGGACGGGUUACUUCGAGGUUGUCUAUGAAGUCCUAAGCAAAACCUCAAGUAUCAAAGUCCCGUUUUGGCGCAUGAUCAGCAUUACAUUGUACAUGCUCGGUACGGAAGACAGCACAGUCCGUACGAGAUCGGCAAAAUUGCUACGUCUGCUCGAGGAGCGUGAAGGAAAGAGUUCAAAGCUACAAGAAUUGGACAUCAGUGUUUCGGACCGUACCACUACGGUCUACAAGAACGCCCAGUUCGAGAUUUCGCGAAGGUUAGUGAGCCAACACAUGGCGCUGGCGUUCCAUGUCUUCUCAGAGUUUUCUGCAUACUUCAACAAGCUCGAUGCAGAUUACAAACGUAACAUGGUGUCGGGAAUGCUACCUUGGAUGCAGACUAUACACCUUCAGCUCCUAGAACAAAAUGGUGGUCCGUCGGCAGAAUCGCACAUGCUGCUGGUCAAUCUUUUUGAAAUCACGGUCAAGAGCGGACCGACUCUUCACAACGAGAUCCAGGCCCUCUGGCAGGCUCUCGCCACUGGCCCUCAUCCCACAAAUGUGCAGAUUGUCCUGGAUUUUGUCAUUGACAUUUGCUUGCAAAAGCGCGAGCAGUAUUUCGUAAAUUAUGCCAAACAGGUUGUUGUCUUUCUGUCGAAGACACCAGCCGGGUCACGCGUGAUCGAAUACCUUCUAUUGCGCAUAAGCACCAAGGAAAUGGCCAUCUUCCGCCCGACAAUGCUACGAAAGCCGCCGCCAGACACUUCUGGCCUUCCAUAUCAUGCCGACAUAUCUGAGGUCCUGCCUACCGGUGUCAAGCAGACAAGCAUGUCGAUGAGCCAGGUGUGCAUGAUCCUGCUUGUUGAUCUUGUGGUGGCGCCGGUCCAGUUCCCACUCGAGAGACUCCCAACUCUGCUACACGUCAUUCUGGUGCAGUGGGAUCAAUACAUUGACAUUGUUCAAGAAAAUGCACGCGAACUGCUUGUGCACCUCAUUCAUGAGCUUGUAAUCUCGACACUGGCCAUCCAAAGUCCAGAGCUGGAUAAAAAAUACAUCGAGGACUUUAUCGAACUCAUUCGCCGAAAUGAUCCUAAGAUUGCCUGGUCAUACACAGAUCAGCACAUUCCCUCUGGCGACGACCAAGGUAGAGCGGUGGCUGAAUCCAUGUUCUUUGUCGUGGAUGAAGUCGUCCGGAUCUUCACAACAACAUAUCCCGGCAUUCGUGAGGAGCUCGGCAACAUUGCAACCACAUGGGCGAGCUCCUGUCCAGUGCGUCAUGUGGCUUGUCGAAGCUUCCAGGUCUAUCGCUGCCUCUCGGUGUCCAUCACACAUCAGGUCCUCGCAGACAUGUUAGCUCGCCUGUCCAAUACCAUCGCCGAUCACGAGACUGAGGGCAUUCACGUCUUUAGCAUACAGAUCCUUACGACCAUUCGCUUCGUCAUGGCUGAUUUGACGCAACUCCCAAGCGAGACAAUGCUGCAAAUCUUCUGGACCGUCUGUGCCUGUUUGGACACGAUCUUCGAAUCAGAAUUCCAGGAGGUCAUGGGCAUCAUGUCGCAGCUCCUGAUCAGGGUCAACCUUGCACGUGAAGCGGAAUUGGACCAGCUGACGAAACAUCAGCCACCUGAUUGGGAAGGUGACUUUGAGGGCAUUCAUCCGCUUCUGUACAAAGGGAUGCGCUCCAGUCAGUCUAUGAACUUCGCACUCAAGCUCAUGGAUCGCUUAAUCAAAUUGCCCUCUAGCGAUAUUGUUGGACAUGACCAGCGACUACUCUUCACCACUCUGGCCAACCUGCCAAGGCUUUUGCACUCCCUUGACAAUCACGGACGAGACUCUAAUGCAGCCUCGGCGCGAGCACUCGCCGUUAUGGCAGAGAGGCUGAAUGUCACAAGUCUCGCAAGAGUGCUUGAAGGUUACGUCAACGGACGGUAUAAGAACACGAAGGAAUUCCUCAGUCAAUGCCUUGCCGCGGUCCGUAAGACAUACUUCCCUACGCACGACUUUGAGAUCUUGGUAUUUCUGCUGGGUAUGGUCAACAAUGAGUGCUCCUGGUUCAAGACCAAGGUCAUGCAGAUCCUAUGUGUCUUGCUCCCAGAGAUGGAUCUCCACAGACAAGAGAUAGCUGAGCAUGGGCAAGAUCUCAUCUCCCCGCUGCUUCGACUCCUGACCACAGAGUAUUGCCAGCAAGCCCUCGACGUACUUGAUAACAUGGUUGAGAUGACCGACGUUCCAAUCAAUAAUCAAGAGUUCGCCAUGGCCAGCUCUCGAACCACCGAAUCACCACUAUCAACUGCAGGCGAUCAGAAUUUGUUGUACGGCACGCCGAGUGAAAGUGGGUGGUCAAUACCAGUGCCAGCCAAGCAUGCUGCUGCAACGCGGAACAACGUACAUAUGGUGUUCUCCGCUAUGGCUUAUGGUCUGCCAAGCGACGUUACACCCACCCUAACGCCCAGCCUGGAAUUCUACCGCGAUGAUGAGUCUUCCAUGACCUACUUCACUGAUCGUACUGCGACCAUGAUGUCAGACGACUUUCGAGAUGACGCUGCUCUUGGUGAACUGGCCGAAAAGCUUGAUACGCUCGACGACUUUUUCGAUGAUGGCACUCCCUCUCCAGGAAGCGAGUCGCCCAUCGAUUAUACGCUACGAAGGUCGAACACGGACGACUCCAUAUACGGCCAUGGCACUCUACCUAGCCUGCACCACAGCCUACAGACCGAGAGUAGUGGCGUGUCUUCAUUUCAUAGUGGUAUGGCGGGCGACUAUCGUCAAAAUGGACAAUCCACACCACAUCAGACGCAACUUUAUCCCGUGCCGCACUUCCUACAAAUAUCUCCCGAAGGCACAAGCAGCAGUCAUGCAUCUUUCAGCCAGCGCAUGAUGUCACAAUCCAUGCAACCAUUCCCACUCAUGUCUUCGGCGCCAUUCUCCACACACGCUACCGAGCCUUUGCCGCCGCUUGUCGACUCGAGAAUUUAUGAAAAGAGCAACGGUGAUGAAUUUGACAGCUCCAGCGGUCUCGUCAUAAAUCGGCCGGGUCUACACAAUCGCUCCAUUACCUCACCAGCGCUCAGUAAUCGCGUGCGGCGUGGGCCUGCGUCAGCUCGGGAACCGCCGACACAUCUUGCACACGACUUCUUCGGGCGAACAGAUGACGAUACUGAUCACCUCAGUGGAUCUUUCUCAGACGAUGAUAUGCCAGUGAACGGCAAGCUGGGGCUCGCCUCUCAAUCCAGAAUCCCGCAUUACUCCGGCACCGGCACGGCUAAUGACAAUAGUGGCGUCGGCUAUCGUGCCAAUACUUACACGACGAGACAUCGCGGCUCGGCCAAUGGCGGUAGCAGCAAUGGCGUCUCCGGGAGAAGCGUUGGGAGCGCGACCACGGCCGGGUUCAAAGCAGGCAUUCGCUCAGGCAUCCGACGACUGACGAGCACCGGCACACAGCGCGAAGCACGUGAAGCACUGCAUACGAGUCUAAUGAAGAGUCCUCAGGUUCCUAAGUUGCCUUCGUCGUACAAUGGCGCUGGCGGUGGUGGAGGUAGUGGAAGCAGCAUCGAUGUCGGCGCGAUCAGUCGAGGCAGUCCCACGGCUGGAGGCGGAGUAAAAAACAACAGCAUCUCGACCGGCCCUGGACCGACCAGUGCGCCGAGUGGUAUGGGUAUGAAUUAGAGCAGACUCGUCCACGGCGUUUUAUUACGGAGCCGAGAUGGUGGAACUCUCUUCCACGCGCUAUAUUUCGGAAUUGUUCUUCACGAUCACGGCGUUUUGGAAAACCGGAAAAGUCCGUGUGCCAGAGAACACAGUUUUUCCCGGACAAAUGUACUUUUUACGGAUCGAAUUCGGGACAGAGAGGCGCAGCUGGUCAAUCAGACGUGCCUCUAAUGGAGUGU